AUGGGGGAGACGCAGACCACUGCCCCAGUAGAGCCCACCUCCAAAUCCGCCAGGCGGAGGAGGAUGGAAAUACACCAGUUCAACUUCUCGCCGGCCGAUUUGUCGCAGGACGGCGCCGGCAGGAGGAGUAAGAAGCUGAAGGUUGAUGCCGGCGUGAAGGAUGAAGAAAAACCAAAGGAGAAUAUCGGUGAGCUGUUGUCUGAGGAGAAAAAGCGCGAGACGAAGAAGUCAUUUCCUGAUCUCUCUGCUUUGCGCUGGGGUUCAUCCCGUGAACUAAAACCGGAGCUUCCAAAGUUCGGAUUUACCUCAAUCUGCGGACGGCGACGGGACAUGGAGGACGCCGUCGCGAUUCACCCUUACUUUAGCUGCCGGGACCGAGAUUCUCCGUCCGGUUGGCACUUCUUCGGAGUCUACGAUGGCCAUGGAUGCUCACACCCGGAUCGGCCGGACGAGCUGAAUCGCAUACAAGAAGCCGGCGGCAGGGUUAUCUUCUGGGAUGGGCCCAGAGUCCUUGGGAUGCUGGCCAUGUCUCGCGCAAUCGGUGAUAAUUAUCUGAAACCAUACGUGAUACCGGUGCCGGAGGUGACCGUGACGGAGCGUACGGCGGAGGACGAGUGCCUGAUCCUGGCGAGCGACGGGCUGUGGGAUGUGGUGUCAAACGAGACUGCCUGCGGGGUGGCGCGUAUGUGCCUGCUGUCUCAUAAACCGCCGGGAAAUGACAUCAUCGGAGAUAGCUCCGACGAGGCCUGCUCGGAUGCGUCCAUACUGUUGACCAAGCUGGCCUUAGCACGUGGCAGCGCCGAUAAUGUCACCGUGCUCGUGGUGGAUCUGAGGAGGAGAUGA